AUGGGAGGAUGUGCGAACUGCGACUGUAUUCCUAGGGAAGCAAGCCAAGCUCCUGAAGGCCGGUGUUGUCAGAAGGAUUUUGCUAACUUGUCACCUUUUGCCCUGAUAGCGUUUCUUUCCUUGGACGAUUCCUUGCAGAGGCCCCACUCUGUGUCCGUCUCCCUUGGAUUCACGAGAGCCUUCCGCACGGUGUGGCAGAACACGGAGAACGCUGUGCUGGAGGCAGCCGUUGUAUCGGCAGCUCACUUACUGAUCUCCAGCGCGGACUUAUGGUGGAACAGGAGCCUGAACACAGGAAUGAGACUCUUACUGGUUGGUUUCAUACGUGACCGUCUGAUUCAGUUCAUCUCUAAGUUGCAGUUUGCUCUGACUGUACUUUUGGCGUCAUGGAUGGAGAAAAAACAGCAUCGAGCAACAACUGCCACGUUAUGCACACUCAAUGUUACCUUCUUUCCAUUGGUGUUGGGCAUCAUAGCUCUUUCUACACUGCUGUCCGCUCCCUUGCUCCCCCUCUUCACCCUUCCUGUGUUCCUGGUGGGCUUUCCCAGACCUACCCAGAGCUGGCCAGGUGCUGUGGGCACCUCGGCAUGUGUGUGCGCGGACACCAUGUACUAUGAGCAGAUGGCACCCAGGUUGACUGCUGGGCUUCAGACUGCAAUGGCAGCCGGAAGUUUCGGUCUCCUCCUGCCUGGAUCUCAUUACUUGGGCCGUUUUCAGGAUCGGUUAAUCUGGAUAAUGAUUCUAGAAUGUGGCUAUACUUACUGCUGUGUUAACAUCAAGGGGUUAGAAUUGCAAGAAACAUCCUGUCAUGCUGCUGAAGCCCGAAGAGUAGAUGAACUUUUUGAAAGUGCUUUUGAACAAGAAUGCCCAAAAAUAUGUUCCCUUAAUGAACACUUUGGGAAUGUCUUGACUCCCUGUACUGUUCUGCCUGUGAAACUAUAUUCUGAUGCCAGGAAUGUGCUGUCUGGCAUAAUUGACUCUCAUGAAAACUUAAAAAGUUUUAAAAGUGACCUUAUCAAAGUGCUUGUGUUCAUCCUCCUCCAGUACUGCUCCAAAAGGUCCAGGAAGCAGGAGAAUUUUCACAAAACUGCAAGCAAAGGGAAUGUGGCUCCAGUAGUCCUCCCUCCUCUGAACCCUUCAUCACAUUCCCAAUCCCCAGAAGACAUAGACAGCUUUAAAUCAGAGACUCUCAAUGACUGGUCAGAUGAUAUUUUUGGUGAUGAGCCGGUAGUCAAAAAAGGAAAAGAAGGAAAAAAUUGGUUGACAGAUUUUCCAGGUACAACUUUACCUCUUCCAGGCUCAGUGGACCCACAGAGAGUUGAUGAUCUUCCUACAGACACCGUGUCUGAACGCAGUCUGUACAAAGCAGUUCUGUUGGGAUACCCAGCUGCUGACAGAGGAAAGGAAGAAGGUGUGGCUUAUAUUCCUCUCUGCGAGUUCAGCUCUCCCCAUUCUCACUUAGUGAGCUUACCUGAAGAGUGGAGGCCAAGCUGUAUGCCCAGCUCCAAAAUGAAGGAGAUGAGCCCCCUCUUUCCAGAAGACUGGUACCAGUUCCUCUUAAGUCAGUUGGAAUGUUUCCCCUCAGAAGCAAUGCCCUCAGCUGCACUGGAAGAAAUAACAAAGGACAAAGUUUUAAGGGACUCUUACAUUCACACAGUAAUGACUUGUUAUGUUGGUUUAUUGGGAAUAGAUGACAUGGUUCCUACUGCUGGCCAUAUAUUACGAGUUUACAAUGGUGUGUUGCCCUGGUCUAGUGCCUUGGACUGGCUCACAGUAAAACCAGAACUGUUCCAACUAGUUCUGAAAGCCUUCAGAUAUACUCUGAAACUGAUGGUUGAUAAAGCAAGUUUAGGUCCAGUUGAAGACUUUAAAGAGCUAAAAGGCUGCCUUGAAGAAUAUGAAAGUGACUGGUACAUUGGUUUAGUGUCAGAUGAACAGUGGAAGGAAGCAGUUCUACAAGAAAAGCCUUCUUUGUUCUCUCUGGGCUAUGACCCCACCAUGGGAGUCUACACUGGGAGAGUGCUGACCCUUCAGGAGGCCCUGAUCCAGGUUGGGAAGGUAAACGCUGACGCUGUGCGCGGGCAGUGGGCCAAUCUCUCCUGGGAGCUGCUUUAUGCCACCAAUGACGACGAGGAGCGGUACAGCAUCCAAGCGCAUCCUCUGCUCUUACGCAACCUUACAGUGCAGGCCGCGGAGCCUCCCCUGGGGUACCCCGUCUACUCAUCAGAACCUCUCUCUGUGCGCUGGUGAGAGGCCCGUGACUGUUAGCCCAGAGGCGCUGCCGCUAGCAGGAGCAGUGUAACUCCUGAGGCUUCCCGGGCAUUUUCCUGUCACAGGAAUGCCUGAGCAAGACCUGACUUCCACAGUGUAGGUUCUCUUAGCCCAAAACCAAAGUCAACUUCAUGCCUAACAUCAAAGUUGGAAUUAGUUGGCCAAUAUUUGUGCCCUAGCUAUAAUAAAACAUUUGUUAGCAACUUUUAAUGCUUUGUGAAAUGUUUGGUAGAUUAUUCACCUUAUCAAUCAACAGAUGUGCAAUUUGUACAUAACUACUGUUUGUCAGUAUUUUAACUAAUGUUAAUGAAUAUUUUCAAGUUAGUAUAAUGUACACUUAUUUAUUUGCAAUAAAAUUAAUUUUAUAGUACUUUCAA